AUGAAUCGCGAUCGCGUAUAUUGUCAUACACUCGCAUCCCUUCAUACCUAUUUUUCCGUUCCUUCUCCUGAUAAAAUAGAAAAAAUACAAAGAGAGUGCGAGAAGGAUGAGUGUAAUAAAAGCAGUGAUAAUAAUAAGGUGCUGAAUUUAAUUCAACUAACUGUGCCGCAGUGUGACCAUUAUUAUCAACGAUAUCCGCAGAAGUUUUAUCAACCAAAAGCUUCCAAACACUCAGCGACCCAGCAAGAGCUGCUCGAUGGAGUGCAGUAUAUCCAUCAGCAUCCUGAAUAUUUAAAUCAGCUCCAAAUUUACACAGCAAACGUACUACAUCUUCAUUUCCUCUGCUAGCAGCUCUGUGAAGUGGUGUUGCUCGACCGCAUCGCGUGAUUGCAUUCACCCGAGCACUGUGUUCUAACAGCAGCUUACAUACAUCAUAAUGUCCCGCACGAGCUGCAUAAUGAAGAGCCGUAUAUCCAGCAGAAUCUUCCUCAGAAGCAGAUGCACCUUUACCCAAAAGCUGCUUCACCCGAGCAAUGUCAUCUGAUUGGGC